UCCAAACUCAUUAGGCCGUUGCGGCAUAUUAUAUGCAACGUGCGCGAUUAGUCUGCCCGCAGUCCGACGGUCACCGCACAGUGUGGCGUUCACGGUUAGGUGUGUGCAGUGUACAGUUAAAUACUAACGUGUGUGUGUAAAAGCGACGCAACGGUUACUGUAAUAAUUAUUGUUUUUUUUUUUUCGAAUGUGAUUUUAUUUUUUAACUGAAUUUUUUUACCCCGUGGUAUUUCUAAACGAUUAAAAGUUUUUUUUUUAAAAAAAAAAACUAUGAAUUUCGCUAUAGCGAUUAAUGUCGUUUCGGCGGCAUUGCUGGCGGUAGCCGCGCUGACGGCCGGCCAGUCGGAUAGGGUCGACAACAAGUACUUGGACCCCAACGACUACUUCCUGGCCGGUACCGACGACCCGCGCAACAGGCAGGUACAGGACUCGUUCAACAGGUACUCGGUGCUCCAGGAGCAACAGCAGCGGUCCCAGGGCGACGGCCGGUCCGCGCUGGACGGGUUCCUGCAACAGCAACAACGGCAGCAGACGCAGCUACAGCAACAGAGGCGACAAGGGUUCCAGCCGCAGACGACCAGGUCGGGGCGGGUGUUCCCCACGGAGUCGGCGCCGGGCCAGAGCUUCGACACUUCGGCCGGCGGCGGCAGGUUCUCGGGUAGGUCGGAUUCGCCGCCCACGCAGUUCCAACAGGGACCUAUGACCCUGUCCAACGGUCAGCUCAGGCAACUGCUCCAGCAGCUCGACGUGGCCGGCUCGCAGCAGUGCAAUCUGAACGUGCAGGCCCAGUGGGACUUCGAGACCAAUGUCAACGAGGGCACGCAAAUAAGAGCACUGGAGCAGCAGUUGUUGUAUUCGGAAUUUCAGCGGAAAGUUCACUUGAUGAUAAACAGGUUGAACCUAGACAACGUCAUCGAUCCCAACGUCAGAAGGCAACUCAAGUAUUUGUCCAUGCCGGGACCGUCCGCUUUGUCGCCCGAACAACUGAGCCGGUACAACCGCCUCAUCAAUGACAUGUUGGCCGUCUACAAUAGCGCUUCCGUGUGUGCUUUCGACGAACCGCUUAAGUGCGGACUGAGAUUAGAACCAGACUUGAACCUGAUCAUGUCCCGGAGCCGAGACUGGAAUGAACUGCAACACACGUGGAUAGAAUGGAGGAGGAGGACCGGGCAAAAAGUCAGGGACAUGUUCGAUCAACUGGUGGACGUUACCAAUCAGGCGGCUCUUGUCAACAAUGUGUCCGACGCAUCCGAGAUGUGGAAGUUCCCGUACGAGUCAGCUUCGCUAAGAUUCGAACUGGAAGACGCCUGGGAACAGAUUAAACCUUUGUACGAGCAGCUUCACGCCUACGUCAGGAAGAAGUUGCGCGACCUUUACGGGCCCGAAAAGAUAAGCCGUGAGGCGCCUUUGCCAGCUCACAUUUUGGGCAACAUGUGGGGACAGUCUUGGGAAAAUAUUUUGGACUUGACCAUACCGUAUCCGGGUAAAAACUAUUUGGACGUAACACCGCAGAUGAUCAAACAGGGUUACACGCCGGCGGCCAUGUUCAGGGUGGCUGAAGAGUUUUUCAUAUCGUUGAACAUGAGCGGUAUGCCACAGUCGUUUUGGGCCAACUCGGUCUUCGAAGAGCUCCCCGGUCAACCCAUCAUCUGUCAGGCAUCGGCCUGGGACUUUUGCAACAGACAGGAUUACAGAAUCAAAAUGUGCACUCAAGUGAACAUGAAGGACUUCAUCACCGUUCACCACGAGAUGGCUCACGUGCAAUACUUUUUGAAUUACAAAAAACAACCGAAAGUCUACCGGGACGGAGCUAAUCCGGGUUUCCACGAAGCCGUCAGCGAGGCCAUCUCUUUGUCGAUAUCCACGCCAAAGCACUUGCAGACUUUGGGUUUGAUAUUGAACUCGGUGGACGACAUACCGCACAACAUAAACUAUUUGUUUGGACUGGCCAUGGACAAACUCACGUUUUUGCCGUUUAGCUUGGCGUUGGAUUUGUGGCGGUGGGACAUAUUCAGAGGAACAACGCACAAGGAGAGAUACAACUGCCACUGGUGGGAUUUACGAGAACGACUCAGUGGAGUGAAACCGCCGGUGCUGAGGUCCGAAACUGAUUUCGAUCCAGGAUCCAAAUACCACGUACCCGCCAACAUUCCCUACGUCGGAUACUAUUUUGGCACGAUACUUCAGUUCCAAAUCCACAAGGCCAUGUGUUUGGCUUCCGGACAGUACAGGCCUAACGAUCCCAACAAACUACUACACAAAUGCGACAUCUACAGAAGUAAAGAAGCAGGAGAUAUCCUGAAGAGGAUAAUGGAACCCGGAUCUUCGGAAAACUGGAGGGACACGUUGUCGUUGGCCAUAGGCGAAAACCGAUUAGACGGAUCUGCCUUGAGGGAGUUUUUCCAGCCACUCGAAGAAUGGCUUCGAAACGAAAAUCUCAGAACCGAGCAAUUUGUUGGAUGGACUUACGACGGAGAUUACUGCAAGCACAGCAUCGAAACGGCCAACCUGCAAGUGUAUGGAGGAUUUUACAACGGAGCCGCUUCAUCGACCAUGUCGGCCAUAGUUUUGCUGUCAUUGCUAUCUGUUUUGUUUAUGUUCACAAACGCUUUUUGAUAAUAUAAUUCAACGGCUAUUGUACAUAAGAAGCAAGUCACGCUGUCUGCCUAAAUUAUUAGUGUGUAUAAUUCACCGCAGUUACAAAAAUAUUACCAUUGAUCACUUUUUUUUACAUUCCAAAUUAAUUGUUUUUACAAUUAAUAAUUAUAACUAUUGAGCUAAUAUCAGUGUGGACCUAGCGUUUAAACAGUUCCGUUAAAUAUUUUACAAGAGCCCUGCUUAAGCGCUUUCUUAACAAAAAAACAAGCUACAAAAUUUAUAUUUAAACAAUUUUUUAUUCAUUCGUUCUAUAAAUCAAUUCCUAGUUAAAUGCAUGGAGUGAUAACUAUAAUAAAACGACAUUUUUCUCUCCCCCACUUCCACAGUAACUUAAAACUAUCUAUGCCAUAAACGAGCCAUGAUCAACUUAAAAAAAAAACUGGAGCUAUGGUGUCGUCAGUCGUGUACUGUCCCCUAGCAUAUUAUGGAUUGGCGGAUAAGCCCAUACUGAUAUUAUAAUGCCAACAAAUAUAAUUUUGUUUCCAUCACGUGGUACUUUCAAUUAUUUUUAUAGCUAAAUCGCAUCAUUUUACAGUAACGAUUUACUUGUGUAGUCAAAAUUAUUGUCGAUACAAUUUUAUGUAAAAAUAACUGUUUUACUUCUGUCACUGUAACGCUAUGUUAGUAAUAUAUGUGUAAUUUUUAGGCGGUAAGACUGGAACUAAGUUUAAAAAAACAUUUAUUUUAUUAAGAUAAACACUACUUAUAUUGAAUUUAAUUGUUGAUAUUAAGUUUAGCCAAUUAAAAACAUAUUAUUUGUUAAAUAUACUAAAAAUGUUUACGAAAUUAAAAAAAAAGUAUGUUUAAACUUAUUAUAAUAGAUUUUACUUCAGAUAUUUUUUCGUAGUUAAUUCGACUUAAGUUUCUAACUCACUUAAUAUUUUUUAACAAAA